AUGAAAGCGUCGGCCUUGAUUGCUGAUAAAAUCCUUUUGAAAGCAUUUCAAAUAGCGUUAAUGGCCGCAUUCGCUCGUGAAUUAUGUGGUGCUAUACCGGUCGGAAAUUUUGCGGGAGAUAUUUUCUUAAAAGCAUCUGAUGGAACUCGUGUUGUGCUAAAUCCUAACCAGCAGGCAAUGGUCAUGGGUGCAGUCCAAACUGUCGCAACUAUCGUCGCUUCUAAUAUAGUUGAGAAAUCUGGAAGGCGGCCUCUUUUGUUCAUCACAUGUCUCAUAUCUGGAAUAAGCAUGGGCUCGCUGGCCACUUGGUUUCUCUUUAAAGAUUACGGCUUCAAUCCUCCCGCCUGGAUCCCUGUUUUUACCCUCUGCAUUUGUAUCUUUUGUGAUUCAGCAGGCCUCUUGCCAGUUGGAACUGUUCUAAUAGGAGAAAUUUUCUCCUUUAAGUAUCGCGCGACCGUUUUAGGAACAAGCAUGGCGAUUGCAUCUAUCCUCGACUUCCUACAAGUAUUCUUCUUUAAGAUGGUUUCAGCUGCAAUUGGGGUGCACGUAGCCUUCUACACUUUUGCUGUCAUGUGCCUCUUGAUGGCGUUAUAUAUUUACGCGAAGGUACCGGAGACGCGGACAAGGCCUUUAGAAGAAAUCUAUGACGACUUAAGAACGAAUAAAAAGAAGAUUGCUCUUAAGAAAACGGAUAUCAUUACUAAGUUUUGAAGAUGAAAGUUGUGCCAAAUAUAUGUGUGUUUGUCUUAAAAAUACUAAACCAAUUUAAAAAAAAAAUCACUGUAUUGAGAGAUCCCUCCUAAUUGUUUUCUAAGAUUUAUUUUUAUAGAGUUGGCCUAGCAAAGUUAAUGAACAUAAUAUAACAAGAAGUUUGCAUCUGUAUUCCCCUAUAUAGUAUGGGGAUUUCACAUAUAUAUCUGUCACAUUUAUAAAGAUCUGUACGCACUUAUAUCGUUCCUAAUAUUUUUUUUUAAUAUUUGAACCUUUAACGUUUAUACGAGAAAAGUUGUGAAUCAUUUGUACAUUAUAGGGGUUAAUACAACGCGUCUUCUAUAGUGCAGAACUAAUCUAAGACGACAUAGGUACCUACUCCCGGAACACAACAUUUUUUUGUUUAAAUUUAAAUUUGUCCUAG